AGUUGUGCUUUAUUCGUUAAAAAAAAAAAAGAAGUAGUUGUGCUGUAGUUGCUUCCCUUCUACUCAUCAUUACUUUGGCUUCUGACCUGAAUUACGGCUUUAUUCAUACAUAGAAAUUAAGAUUGUGACUAUCGGAUGAAGGGUUUUUCCCUAUUGGUUCGGAUGAAUAUUCCUUUUCUUUUCCUUUAUUUUUGAUUGAAUUCUGGAUUGACAGCUUGAUUAGUCUUUGUUAUAUCCCGGAGUGCGUGAAUUUUCCUUUCUCUUCUUUUGUUUAGUGCUAUCUGGAAAUCCCCUCUUCAAGUGUUGGAAGCGAGUAGAGAUUGGAGGGGAUUUUCUGUGUGCGGAAGAGAUGAAUUUCUUUCAACUCUUAAAUUUCUAAUUUUUCUCAUUUUCUUGACUUUCUCUGGCUUUAUUUUCUUAAUUUAGAAGUUUGAACCGACAGAUACUAAUACAUACAAGGAAGCUAGGUGGUCUUUCAGUAUCUAGUUAUGCACCUCUAUCUAAUAUCCAUACGUGAACUACCCUAAUUUAGAUACAUGACUAUGACAACCUUUGUGCAUAAUCAAAUUACUAAUCCCAACCGAUCGAAUCAAUUAGAAAAUGGUGCUGUUAGCGGUUUUUGAGUUAAAACUUGCCACUUGCAAAGUUGCGCUUGUUGCGGGUUUUGCUCUAUUCCUGAAUUAUUCAUUGGAAAUUUCUAAUAUGGUGACUGUUAUUUGGGGUUUUUUUCCUUCUAAUUUUAUUUUAUGAUAUUUUUUAAUUUAAUUAUGGAUUUACAGCUUGGCUAAGUCUUUAAUCGGUGGAGCUAUUUAGAGAUGAGUCAGCGGGGUUUAAUAUAUAGCUUUGUUGCUAAAGGGACUAUUGUGUUAGCGGAACACACACCAUAUACAGGAAAUUUCAGUACGAUUGCUGUUCAAUGCCUGCAGAAGCUACCGUCCGACAGCAGCAAGUACACAUUCUCAUGUGAUGGGCAUACAUUUAACUUCCUCAUAGACAAUGGGUUUGUUUUCCUUGUGGUUGCGGAUGAAUCAGUUGGAAGGAGUGUGCCUUUCAUAUUUCUUGAACGAGUGAAGGAUGACUUUAACCAGAUUUAUGGUUCAAGUAUUACGAGUGGUGAUUCUGGUCCACUUGCUGAUGAAGAUGACUUAUUCGAAGACAAAUUUGGCAUUGCAUACAAUUUAGACAGAGAAUUUGGGCCAAAGCUGAAGGAGCACAUGCAAUAUUGCAUGAAACAUCCUGAGGAAAUAAGUAAACUAUCAAAAGUAAAGGCUCAAAUAACUGAGGUCAAGGGGAUAAUGAUGGACAAUAUUGAGAAGGUUUUGGAUCGUGGCGAGAAGAUUGAACUUCUGGUUGAUAAAACAGAAAGCUUACAGUUCCAGGCUGACAGUUUCCAGAGGCAAGGCAGGCAUCUAAGGCGGAAGAUGUGGCUGCAGAAUCUCCAAAUGAAGCUAAUGGUGGGAGGUGCAGUCCUUACCCUGGUUAUAAUAUUGUGGCUUAUUGCUUGCAAGGGUUUCAAAUGUUGACAGGUUUAAUUUAAGCAAGCCUGUAUUAACACGUAUAUAACACAAAUGGAUGUACAAGAUGAAAUUAUGUUUGCACGUAUAGCUUGACACUGGAACGUAUAAUGUCACUACCUUAGUCUGUAAAAUAAUUACGUGGAAAACUGCUAGUUAUCAAGUUCCGGAUCAGUUCUUAAUCUGAAUGGUUGAUAGUAGUUAAUGAUUA